AUGCGUUCCUGGCCGCUGUUUUUACUUGCUCUAGUGCGAGCACAGAGACCGGGUCACAAGUGCCCCUCCUUGCUCCAAACUUCCAGACUUGUCCGAAGCCGUCAGGGUCAUGUGGGGCCAGCCCACAUUCCCUGCUUGAUCCAUCAGACAUGGAAGACGCACCGCCUCGAUAGCACCUCAAGGGACUGGUUUGCCACCUGGAGCGACAAGAACCCGAGCUGCGAGCACAAGCUUUGGAACGACACUGAAGUAGCUGCUCUAGUUCAGAGCACUUCUCCGGAUGUGAUCUGGCCGAUUUGGCAGGGGCUCUUACCAGUCGAGCGGGCUGAUGCAUUCCGCUACCUUGUGCUGUGGGCUCAUGGCGGAUACUAUGCUGACAUCGAUGUGUCAUGCCUUGUGCCUAUUUCAGAAAUGCAGCUUCCCAACGACACUGACAUGAUCGUGGGCUACGAAACGGGGCGCCACCUGACCGAAGGCGAGCGCGACAGCGUGCACUUCUCACGCACGGACCAGUUCGAGCAGUGGUUCUUUGCAUCCGCACCUCGAAAUCCUGUGCUGCUUCGCUGUUUGGAGUUGAUUCGGCAGAAGUUUGGCUGGAGGAUCGAGUCCACAGAAGAGCUGACGGGGCCUGCCACCUUCACAGAUGCCGUGCACGAGUUCUUGCUGACGCAGACGCCA